AUGAGCGCAAGGACCCUGACCAACGUCGUGAACGACCAAACGGUUGCGCUCAAUGCGCUGAUAUACGGAUACGCGGGGCAUUCCCUUGUCACCCCUCAGCAUGCCCUUCAGCAGAUUUGGUGGACAGACGAGAGAAUUAAUGAGAAAGUCACAAAGGAUUUUGUAACUUCGCGUCUACAGCCGCACGAAAGGGAGCGGCUCACCCAGCCAGUGGGCUUCGGGGAUUUGAGCGACGAUACAUACAUCGAGUGGAUCAUGGAAAAGGCAAGACGAUUGUUCUUGGUGCUGGCCGAGGUGGGCGAGGCAGACAGGAUAUUUACAGUAGUCGAUAAAUCAUGGGAUGACGAUGACUUGCCGCUGGAGAUGGACGACAUCGAGCAACUCUCGCUUUCGAACCGACGCGAUGCCCACGCAAACUCUCGCUUCUUUCAUACACAGUUCACUUUCCUUCUACGAGAGCUGCGCGAUGGCGUGCACAUUGACUAUGCGCCAAACGAAGAAGUGCCGCUGGAGCAUGUCAUGAAUCUGCCCGUGGCGGUUAGCCUGCAGAAUUGGUCGCGUGUCCACCUACCCAAACGGCCCAAGGAGGUGUAUGUUCGAAGGCGAUUCGCCCUUGGAAAUGCAGACUCGCCAGACGCCUUUGAACAGGAUUUCAUAAUGGACGUUGAAAGUGCAAGAAUGGUGGAACAUGAUCACAUUGCACCUGUGUGGUCGUCAUAUACUGCCAAAGGAGUCGGCUACAUCGUGACCAACUUUGUAGGGCACCACACUCUUCGUACAUUCUUUGAUCAUCGCAAUCCGACCCAAUAUCAGAAGCUACCAAAGCCUGACAGGAGGUGGCUGGUACUGAACUGGCUGCAUUGUCUGGCGGACGCCAUUGCUAUCCUGCAUCAAAAUGGGUUCUGUCAUUCUGGGAUACGGCCCUCCAACAUCCUCAUCGAUGAGCACAACGCGAUUGCAUUUAGUGAUAUUGGCAGCUUGGAGACUUUCCAGAAGGACAAGAAACUUGAUCCAAUGGACGUUUACAUUUACGGCGCACCGGAAGCCCACGCAACCCCGCAGCCUUUUGAUGUGAAUGGUGCUGCCCCUGCGCCCAUCGUUCCGAGUACUCGGCACACUUCUAUCAUCAGCAAAAGCUCAUCCGGAUCCUCUAAUAGCAACGGCUCGCAACGCCAGAAGCUGACCAAAUCCCCGACAACGGACUUCUCGGGGUUCAAUUUCGGUUUCAAGAGAGCAAAGCCGAAACCCAAGCCACGCUCGCGAGUGCAUGAAACCGAAAAGGCAGACAUAUUCUCCUUGGGCUGUGUCUUUCUAGAGAUUAUUACCUUUAUGAUGAAGAAGAAACCCCAUGACUUUGUCAAGCAUAGGUCGACGAAAUCGAAAAUUAACACGGGCGGCAAGAACUCCCGCACGGAUUCAUCCUUCCACGCGAAUCUCGACAAAGUUGACGCCUGGGCGAACGUCUUGGAAAAGGCUUCAUUCGAGCAUGACGAUGAUGCUUUCCGCGCGAUACCUCAUAUCCUGAACCUUGUCCGAAACAUGCUCAACAGAGCGCCUGCUGCUCGGCCCACAGCACGCGAGGUCCGCGACAAGAUCUUCGACGUUCUCUUCAACUCUACUUCGAUACCAGAUAUCCACUGCGGCGCACACAAACACGAUAUCGGCAUCGCAACGUCGUCACGUUCUGAUUCGGAUAGAGCAUCAAGUAUAGCAUCGCUUCGGACGAUGUCGACGAUGAGCUCUAAUUCGAGCUCCGACGCCGAUACGAUUCGGUUGUCUACAUCGUCUGGGAUGCGGCUCAGUUCCAUCCCCAACCACUACUCGGACCGAUCGACGUUGGCUGGGAUCGAGGAGGACGACAGUGCCUCCAUACGGACGUUGGAGCAACCUGCAUCCAAGUAUCCCUCCUACUUCACCGCGUUCGCCGCAAACUCCCAUCUCGCCUACUUCUGCGGCGCGACCACCGAGCCCAUCCAGACCGACCUCUUCGGCUCAAAAGGCGAAGCUGUGGUCCAAGCCGUUCCUUCUGCUGCCCUGAGUUCGGUUCACUGUAUCCGAGAGCACAUCAGGCCCUCAGGCCCUCCACCAGUUGGCCAACAAAAGGUUCUAUUCCCAGACACUCCCAGCUCCUCAUGUGAGCUCAUCUCCACUUUCUGGUGGCCUUGA